AUGACCGAUGGAAAGCAGUACAAUAUAGAGCAACAGACACUCAGACAUGAGGAUUCAACUUGGAAAAAGAAGACAAUGACAGUAUCUAAGAAAUCUAGUGGCGAAUCCGACUACGUGUUCAGGUCAGAAGUGAACGCGUGGCUGCGCCUGCACAUGGUGCCCACCAUCUGGUCGGACGCGGCCAUGCGCUGCUACCUCGAAGGUGGUAUCUUGGCUUCUCCGACGACCAAAGCCAUGACCCGGGCGAUGUCGGCCAUGAUGGCCGAGCACAAGCUGACUCGCAGCGUCUUCACCGGGAUAAAUUCUAUAUUGUCCACGAAAAACUUCAAGUCUCUUGACGGACUAUCGGUCUCAUCUAUUCCGGUGAGCUGGGCUGACGGUCAGCCAGACAACGCCAACACGGACGAGGACUGCUUGGUGCUGACGAGCGAGGGCAAACUGGCUGACAUGAGCUGCGAGAGCAUGCUGCCGUACUUCUGCCGCAAGGAGGACAAGUGCGGCGCCACUAAGGCAGAAGGUGAUUCUUAUUCAUCAAACUAA